AUGGCUACCCGCAAACCCCGACGACCAAAUAACAACAACUACCGUCAGAGUCAACCCCAACCCUCCGACUAUGAAUCAGACUACCAGAACUACUUCUCAGAUACACAACAAUACCAGGAGCAACACGAAACUCCCAUGCCACCUCCCGUCCGCUCCAACGAGGAGCUCAACCUCUCCGUUCUCCGCCGUCACAACCCCGCCAUAACCUCGAUUCUAUCCCUAGCGCCUUACGCCGUCAUCUACCUAUUCAGCCCAAGAACACGACAAUGGGAAAAGAGUGGAGUAGAGGGCUCGCUGUUUGUUUGUCAAAUGUCGCAGGGACCUUUAGGCGAAGAGCGAUACAACGUCUUCGUGCUGAACCGGCGGGGUCUUAAUAAUUUCGACAUUCCUCUGACGGAUGGCGAUAACGUGGAAAUUACGGAGGAAUACGUGAUUCUCAAGGUUGACAACGAUUCAGGGUCGGCUGUGGAGAAUAGUAACAACGUUAAUGGGAAAGGCGCGAAGAAUGUCGACCUCCGCAUAUACGGUCUUUGGAUUUACUCCGAACCCCCUCCCAACUCUACGGCCGAGACACGCAGUAUCAAUGCUCAGGUGAUUCGGGAAUGCGCCGUUCAUGCAGGUCAGAGUUUGAAGCUGGCGCACGAACGACUAGAGGCAACCCGCCAGAAUGGAUUACACGUCGCGGCUGCGGCUACGGCUUCUACCGUUGACCCUGUGGAUGAGGUGCAAGGUAGCAUCGCUAUGGGCCGCCAGGUUUCCCUGAGGGAUCUCUUUGGGCAGCAGAGGGCCCAGGAUGAUGGGUGGAGUACCAGGGCACAUCACGUUGGUCCCCAGGAGUGGCACCAGCCUGCGAUGGGUGGUCCGCCGGUGCAGCCGGAGCGGCAACAAGAUGUUCUGGGUGAUCUAUUCAGGAGGGCCGGUUUAGCGUACCAGGGGGGUCACUAA